AUGAAGCAACACACGCAGGCACUUGAGCCCAGCAAUAAGGCGGAAAAGGGAGAUUUGGAGGACACGUUCAUAAAUAAUUCAGAUUACGAGAACUAUUCUGUGAAGCUGGAGCAUCUGGACGCUCUACCUGAUUCAGAUGCGUCAAUGACAGACGACAACUCCACAUUUGUUGACGCCAAUGAAGGAAGAGGGGGCGAAUUAAUGGAUACAAUUCACGAAGAGGAAAUCCAGAAAAGUGGGGAAUGGAAUAUAGAGGAACCGAAAGUAAUAAAUGGAGCCCACGCUACUGAAAGUCAGGUCAAUCGAGAUGGUGAUCCUGGCGCUACGCAUUAUGACGACCACAAUGAGAACGAUUCUAUGGCUGCCAACAAUGACGAUAUAGACCAGGACACGAACGUCUCAAAAUUGGAGGAUGAGGAGGUGACGCUAGCAGAGUUGGAGGAUCUGAAGGUUGCCUCUCCGCAGGAGCCACUGAUGGAGGCAGCGGAAAAAUCACGACCUAAUUCGUCACACAAGCUUGAACUUCGCAAGGCAAUGAAAGAGAAGGACGAAAUGAAGCCCAGGUUGGUGAUUCGCAAGCUCGUGCUCACCAACUUCAAAUCCUACGCUGGCGUUCAGGAGAUCGGGCCCUUCCAUCCUUCAUUCUCUGCUGUAGUGGGGCCCAACGGUUCAGGAAAGUCUAAUGUUAUCGACUCGAUGCUUUUUGUAUUUGGGUUUCGUGCUCUGAAAAUGAGACAAGGCAAGCUCCUGGAGUUGAUCCAUUCGUCGGAGUCAGGGCAGAAACUCGAUUUUUGCCAAGUAGACAUUCACUUCUGCCAUGUACUAGACGAUCCUGUAGACCCUAUGGCGGCUACUGAUAUCCCGGGGUCUGAAAUCAUCAUAAGUCGACGCGCUACGAGAAAUAACGCAUCCCAGUAUUACCUCAACGGCAGAUCAAGUAAUUAUACAGAUGUCACGCAAUACUUGAGAGACCAAGGCAUCGAUCUAGAUCAUAAGCGUUUUUUGAUUUUACAGGGCGAGGUUGAAUCCAUAUCCCAAAUGAAGGCUAAAGCAGAAAAGGAGAAUGACGACGGUUUGUUGGAAUAUUUGGAGGAUAUUAUCGGUACAACUAAGUACAAGUCUUUGAUCAAUGAUGGCUUGACGAGAUUGGACGAGCUUAAUGAGGUCUGCUCAGAGAAGGAGCAUAGAUUCGAAUUGGUUGAGAACGACACCAAUGUUCUUGAGGAGAAAAAGAAUGACGCUCUUCAAUUUUUGGAAAAAGAGAAGCAGCUUGCUAACAAAAAGUCGGUCAAGUUCCAAGUGACCAUCCAUGAAAAUCAGCGGUCCCUUUCAAGCUACGAAAAAACUGCCGCAGAAGUUUCCGAACAACUCAGCGAGGAAAAAAAUAAGAAUAUGGAGCUCAAUAUCGAAGUGGAUGAGGCUCAUAAGAAAAAAAAGACUCUUCAAAGAGGCAUUUCAAAACUCAACGAUGAAAUAAACCGGGCCAAUAAGUCACACAAAUCUCUCAACAACAAGAAUGUUUCGCUAGAAGAAAGAGUGAAAAAUUUAGAAACUAAAGCAAAGAAAAUUGAGAAGACGAAGCAGGCAUCCGAGCGAAGUUUGUCUUCGUCCUCACAUCAGCUUCAAGCUCUAAAAGAAUCUGAAGAGCAGGCAGCAAAGGAAAUGGCGGAGCUUAAAGAGUCACUCGAGAAAGAAAGCGAGAAGCUAAUGAAACUUCGAGAAAAGCUUGCUGAUAAGACUUCGCAUUUCUCAAAAGAGAUUCAAGAACUUGAGGCUCAACUUCUUCCGGUAAAUGAUGAGGUGAAAGAAAAGGAGAGUGCAAUACUGUUAAUCAAGUCCGAGCUUGAUAUGCUUGAGGAGCAGACAAAAAAAACCGAUCGUCAACUCCAGCAAGCCUCUCAAAGACUUCAAGAUAUCAAGAGAGAAGGAAAAGAGAAGGAGGCUGAGCUAGAUGCGUUAGAACAAAAGCUCGAGCAUAUCAAAGAGCAGGUCCUACUUGGUGAGGAGCAAUGCCAGAAUGCCAGAAAGCUGCUCGAUAAGAAAAAGAAUAGGCUUAAUUCGGCAAGACAACAGACACAAGAUGCAUUCAAUGCUGUGAGCAACUCUCAAAACAAAAAUAAGGUCUUGACAAGCUUGUCAAAGCUCGCUCGUUCUGGAAGAAUCUCCGGGUUCUUUGGUCGUUUGGGUGACUUGGGGCAGAUUGAUGAUAAGUAUGACAUUGCAAUAUCGACGGCAUGCCCAGGAUUAGACGCAAUGGUUGUUGACACAGUUGAAACUGCCCAGGCAUGUAUCGAUUAUCUUAGAAAAAACAAACUUGGGUACGCCAACUUUGUCUGUUUGAACAAGCUUCGCAAAUUUGAUCUUAGUCCUAUUCAAACUCCAGGGAAUCCUAUGAGUGUGAAAAGACUUUUUGACUUAAUCAUUCCCAAAGAAGAGCGUUUUUUACCCGCAUUCUACAGCAAGCUUUACAAUACCUUGGUCGCUAGUAAUCUUCAAGAGGCGAAGAGCGUUGCUUACGGUCCAAAGAGAUACAAGGUUGUAACACUCGACGGAAAAGUGGUUGAUACCUCUGGUGCUAUGUCUGGUGGAGGCUCUCAUUUUGCUAGAGGAGCCAUGAGGCUUACAUCCAACGCUAGAACUGAUAAGGCAGAGAACACCGAGGAAGACGUCGCUAAGAUGAAAGAAGAGUUGGCUACGAUGGAGGAAGACGUCAGCCAUCUUCAACGUGAGUGUGAGGAGAUGGAAGAAAAUCUUCAAAAGCUUAAAGACUUGGCGCCAGAGACAGAGUUCUCCAUUAAACGUGUUCAACUUGAUAUUCAAUCAUUGAUCUCUGAGAAAAAGGAAGUUUCGGGAAACUGCAAGAAGCUUUUAGCCCAAAAAGAGAGUGAGGAUGGUUCUUCCGAACUCGAAGGACAAAUAAAAGAAAAGCAAAAAGAGCUUAUAGAGCUCACCCAACAGAGCGAAAAACUUAAACAGCUGAUGGUUGAGUCUGAAACGAAAAUAUCUGCACUUCAAACGAAGAUUAUGGAUGUUGGUGGUGUCGAGCUCAAAAUUCAAGAUUCAAAGGUGAGCUCAUUGAAAGAGAAGAUCGAGCUCAACGAGGCCAAGAGCUCUCAAAAUGCUAUCUCACUUCGUAAGCUUGAGCACGAUGCCAAAAGACACACAAAGAUAGUCAGUGAGAGCGAGCAAGAGCUCCAAUCUGUUGGUGUUGAAAUAGAGAAAGUCAAAGAGGAUUUGCAGAGCAGUAUAAAGGAACUCAAGCUGAAAGAAGAAGAAAUCGACAACCUUUCAGAGAAGAAGAACGAACACGAGUCUGAGCUUGAAAAGGUAGCGGAAGAGGUAGAAGAGCUCAAUGCUAAAAUCAAUGAGUUCAAGUCAGUGGAGAUUGAACUCGAAAAUAAGCUCGAAAAACUUAAUGGGGUGGUUCGCAAAUGCCAAUCCGCCAUUGAAGUUGCCAAUCGUGAGAUUAGGAAUCUUGUCGUUCGUGAUUGUACCUCAUACAUUGAUUGGAUGCCUGAGGAUGAAAGAUCCAAAUACGAGAGCUCCGAAAUUGAAACGCUCACUGAAGAAGCUAUCGAGGAUGUCAACAUAGCAAACAUCGAGGAAGAAAUUGAAGCCCUUGAGCAUUAUAUGAGUGACGUCAAAGUCGAUAUUGAGGUCCUCAAAGAAUAUGGUGAGAAGAAGAAAGAAUUGGAAAUUCGUCGUACUGAAUUAAACGAGACUGUAAAGCAGCGUGAUGACAUAAAAUGUCACUGUGAGGAGCUCAAGAGAAAACGUUUAGAUGAGUUCAUGGAAGGAUUCAACACGAUCUCGUUGUCAUUAAAAGAAAUGUACCAGAUGAUUACGAUGGGUGGAAAUGCUGAAUUGGAUCUUGUGGACAGUUUGGACCCUUUUUCGGAGGGAAUCAUGUUCAGUGUCAUGCCUCCUAAAAAGUCUUGGAGAAACAUUUCCAAUCUCUCCGGUGGAGAGAAAACAUUGAGUUCCCUUGCUCUUGUGUUUGCUCUUCAUAAGUACAAGCCUACGCCGUUAUACGUCAUGGAUGAAAUUGAUGCAGCGUUAGACUUCAGGAACGUUUCUAUUGUGGCCAACUAUAUUAAAGACAGAACUAAGAACGCUCAGUUUGUUGUCAUAUCGUUGAGAAACAAUAUGUUUGAAUUGGCCCAGCUGCUCGUGGGUAUCUACAAAGUUGAGAACCGAACCAGAAGUAUUACCCUUCAGAAUAAAGACUUUUUAAACGAAAGAGCGGUUAAGACAUAA